AUGAUAAAACCUGUAAGGAGAUCGAGCUCCUCAUUCAUUGUUGGCUUGCAGCAGCUAAAAGAUGAGAUGGAAAAUAAAGAGCGAGCUGAUAGGCUUGCAAGAGAAGAUAGCAUCAAAAAGGGCACCUUAACGAAAGAUGAUGGAAAAAAGAAAGGCAAAAAAGGAAAAGAAGACGAUGCAAUUAAAAACACUGACUCUCCCCUUUAAAAUAUUCAUUAAAAUGGCGAUAUGUAUCAAUCUCCCCUCUUGGCGUAACAGACUUAUGGCUACGGCGAAUUGAGACGGACUCCGAGUUGAGAAUUAAGUGCAGGCUCAAAAAAUGUGUAUCGGGUAGGUUUUGGCUGCUUUCCUUUAGUUGGAAUGGAGGUGAUAGACAACGUCCUUUUAGAUCCGAAGACCCAUGAGCAUUCCUCUGCCGAGAAAAAAGAGGUUCGGGCCCAGGCCACAAGGGAGUAUUCUUUUUCCUGUAGCUGCCGAAGGAAGGCACUUCGAUACUCUACAGACUCCAAGGAGCUGAUCCUUGGAGCCAAGCUAUUUCAAUCGCCCGCAGCAGGGCUGCAGAAAUCCAUAAGCCACCAGCCCAAGACUGAUGCUGCAAAGCAAAAAGGAGACUGGAAGUGGCACCCAUUAUUGGGGAGUCGUAAAGUAAAUGAACCUCCCGUGAGGGAGGUCUUUGGUGGCUGCAUCACCAAUAUGGCUAACGCCUGUCUUAAUAACCUAACCUAACCUAACCAUCCUUUAAAAUGGAAUUAAAUAAGGUAAAUUACCAUUUUUUGAGUACUUUAACCCUGUUUAAAUUGAAAAAAAUUUUGUUCAAAGGAAAAUUUUACAGGUAAAAUACUAAUUAUUGUAAUUUUUUUGAUCUAGUUUAAUGGAGAGAUAAAGUAGAAUAUUAUUUAAACAUUUUCACACAGAAUAAAUUAAUUUGAUGAAUUAAUUCUUUAUAAAAUAACUAAAAUCUAAACGAAAACCUUCAAUUUAUAAACUUUUAAAAAAAAAAUCGCCCUCUUAAUUAGAACAGAAUUUUUUAGUGCUAUUUAAAUCAGGGGAGUGAGGCGUUUCGUGACAUGGUUGAACAUAAAAUUUCAUUACUCCCCCCCUUUAGAUUGGAACAAAAAUUUUUUGUUCCAAUUUAAAGGGGUUAAUUUUGUUUUAAAAAAUAUCAAUAUAAAAUUUUUUAUAAAAAAAAAAAAUUUUCAAAAACUUAUCGAAUUAGAUCAAUAAAUUUGUUUAAUAAAAUGCUAUUUACUCCUAUCCUUUAAAAAAAAGCAAGAUAUAACUAAAUUUUCAUUAUUAGUUAAUACGCCACUAUUAAUUGGUAUCAAAACUAUUUACAUAAAAAUUAUUAUUUUUAUUGAUAAAAAAAAAUUAAAAAAACAAUUUAGAAAAUUUAUCGAUCAAAGUGCUAAUUUUUGUUUAAAUAAGAUGCUAUUUAUACUCUAUUCUUUAAAAUAAAGCAAGAGAUAAGUAAAUUUUGAAACUUUAUAAAGAAUUCCUAUUGAAUUUAUAUCAAAACUAUUUAUAUAAAAAAUUUUUAACAAAAAAAAAAUUAAUUUUUUUUUAAAAUUUAGCAAUUUAGGAUAAUAAAAUUUAUUUAAAUAAGAUGCUCUUUAUAUUCUCUUCUUUAAACAAGAGCAAGAUAUAACUAAAUUUUGAAUUUUAGUUAAGAAGAAACAUUUAACUUAUAUCAAAAUUUUUUAGAUAAAAAUUAUAUAUAAUUUUUUAUUAUAAAAUUAAAUUUUGUUCCAAUUUAAAGGGGGGUUAAAAUACCAAAAAAGGGGAAAUUUUACCAAUAUUUUGUUCCAAUUUAAAGGAGGGGGAGUUAGAAGAAUUGGCAAGAAAUUUGGAAACUGAUCUAGAACUAGGCUUAUCAGAAGACAAAGCUCGCAACAAGAUCAAAGUCUAUGGUGAAAAUAAGCUCACUGAAAAGAAAGGAAUGCCUUGAUGACUGCAUUUUAUUAAAUGCUUGACAGGAUUUUUCUCAUUAUUGCUAUGGGCAGGCGCCAUUUUAUGCUUUAUUGUUUAUGGAAUCAGUCAAGCUGACCCGUCCAAUCUUUACCUUGCUAUCGCACUUGUAGUUGUUGUUCUAGUAACUGGCAUUUUUGGCUUUUACCAAGAAGCCAAGUCAGCUGCCAUUAUGGCAGGGUUUAAAAAUAUGAUUCCUCCUAAGUGCUUGGCUAUUAGAAAUGGAACCCAACGAGAAAUGGAAGCCUCCAAGCUUGUCCCUGGAGACAUUGUAUACGUAAAGCAAGGCAAUAAAAUCCCAGCUGAUAUAAGGAUUUUGCAUUCAAAUAACAUGAAAGUUGAUAAUUCCUCUUUGACUGGAGAAAGCGAGCCGCUGCAGAGGACUGAGAAUUGCACAAACGAAAAAAAUCCAUUAGAAACUGAAAAUUUGGCAUUUUUCGGUACUAUGUGCAGCUCUGGGGAAGGAAAAGGGAUAGUUAUCAGUACAGGCGAUAAAACAGUUAUGGGUAGAAUUGCGAAGCUAGCAUUUUCUACAAAAACUGAACAAACUACUCUCGGAAGAGAAAUCGAAUUCUUCGUAAAAGUCCUCAGCGCUAUAUCACUUUCUAUGGGAGUCAUUUUCUUUUUCUUAGGUUUCAGCUUUGGAUACGACACUGUUACAAAUAUUAUUAAUGCGAUUGGAGUUAUCGUUGCUAACGUCCCCGAAGGACUUUUGGCUGAAGUCACUGUUGCGCUUGCUCUUACUGCAAAAAGAAUGGCUGAAAGAAAUGUUCUUGUAAAAAACCUUGAGUGCGUCGAAACUUUAGGCUCAGUAUCUUGCAUUUGUUCUGAUAAAACAGGGACAUUAACGGAAAACAAAAUGAGAGUUGUAAGUGUGUGGUAUGAUGAUUCAAUAAGAGAGGUAAAUAAUUAUGAAGAUAAAAGCACCGUUUCUUCACUUGGAUAUAAAAUUGAUGACCAAAGCUUUUUGAUGCUUCUCAGGUGUGCUGUUCUUAACAGCAAAGCUCAAUUUUCUUCAGAACCACCUGAAGAGGAGCUUAGUGAUAAGCAAGGAAACCCUCUUCCUGAAAGCGAAAUUGAAAAUAUAAAGCAAAAGUUUAGAGAGGAUCUUGUCAAAAAGUCAAUACAGCUCUGGCCAACUUUUGGAGGAGAUGCUUCGGAAAUUGCACUUAUAAAGUUUUUCCACCCUAUACAUGAAUGAGGUAAAAAAUGCACUUGCUUUUUAAAUCCCCUCCCAAAACCUAUAAAAUGACUGCAAUUCAAAUUUUUUAUGGUAUGAAAAAAGUACUUUUUGAAUUUUUUCCAAACAGGGAUAAAAAAAAGGUUUUUAAAACAGUAAGCAGAGUAAAAAAGUACAUAUAAAAAUAAACAUUAUAUAUAUAUGAUAAGAAAUAACAAGUAAUAUAGCUCAUGCACCUUAAUAGAUCUCUAUACCCCAGAAGAGCACUGACCAGAAAAAAUAUGGUACAGGGCACCUGUCUUAUUCGGUAUAAGUCUGAUUAGGUACCUUAAAACCAUAAACGGAGACUUGUCAUUUUCGUUUUUUACUUUUCAAAAAAGCUGACAAGUACAAAUUAAUUUUGGAAAUUAAAAUGGAUGGCCAAUAAUGAUCUAAAUAAUUUCAGGGGCUAUAUGGCCUAAAUGAAUGUGAGAAUGGCAUUACAUACAAUUAUAAAUUUUGUCUUUUUCAUAGACAAAAAAGGAGUGAAAAAGCACUAAUAAAAUUUCUAAUUGUGCAAAUUCUGUAGGAAAAGCAUAAAGGAAAAAAAUCAGAGGAAAAAACACCAUCGAUUUUUAUAUACAAAUUAUUUAUCGAUCUGCUUUUGCAGUUUUAAAGCAUCGUUUCUUUUUUUCCCUUUUGGAGAAAUUCAAAAAGUGCUUUUUCUACCAAGAAUCAUUUUUGAAAUUAUAGUCAUUUUAUAGGCUUUGGGAGGGAAUUUAAAAGGUACAGUACACUUUUUUAACCUCACUCCCUAUACAAAAUGUAGCAGAAACUAGGCAAGCCUAUCCGAUACUGAUAAGAGAUGGGAUUAAAGGUGAAAUUCCAUUUAACUCAGCUAACAAAUAUGCUGUAACUAUUCAUGAGCCGACUGAUUGGAAUCCAGAUAAUCAUAAAAAAGACUGCAUUUUAUUCAUGAAAGGAGCUCCUGAGCAGCUCUGGGAAAGAUGCACCACUAUUCUUAAUAAAGGAGUUGCAACCCCAAUCACAGAAGAAGUCAAAUCCAGAUUUGCAAAAGCGAACAAGCACUUUGGAAGCAGAGGACAAAGAGUUCUUGGAUUUGCGUAUCAGUGGCUGGAUCAUAAGGAUUAUCCAAGAAACUAUGUUUUUGAUCCAAAUAAAGAAGAUGGUCCAAAUUUCCCACUCACUGGGCUUACAUUUAUUGGAUUGACUGCACUUAUGGAUCCUCCAAGGAAAAAGGUAAAAGAAGCUGUCAACUCUGCCCAUGAAGCAGGAAUCAAAGUAAUUAUGGUCACUGGAGACCAGCCAUUGACAGCUGCAGCUAUUGCGAGGCAGGUUAACAUCAUUACUCAGCCAAAGACAGUCAAUGACUUUGUAGAAGAAGGUGUGGACUGGGAUAAAGCCAUGGAAUUGAGUGACGCUAUAGUGAUCCAUGGCGACAUGCUCACUAAAGCCCACGCAGAAGACGCUGAACUUCCAUUCAGAGAGCAAAGAAUUGCAAAAUGGCUAAGCAAAUCAGAAAUUGUGUUUGCAAGGACUUCUCCUGCUCAGAAAUAUAUGAUUGUUGACGCUAACCAAAAACUUAAGCACAUAGUUGCUGUAACUGGAGAUGGUGUAAACGACAGCCCAGCCAUUAAAAAGGCUGAUAUUGGAAUUGCUAUGGGGAUUGUUGGCAGUGAUGCAGCUAAAGAUGCUGCUGAUAUGCUUCUGAUUGACGAUAACUUUGCAUCUAUAAUCCAAGGGGUAGAGCAAGGGAGAGUCAUUUUCGAUAAUCUUAAGCGAACAAUUGCCUAUGUCUUAGCUUCCAACCCACCUGAAAUUGUACCUUUUUUGGCAGCUGUCAUUUUCCAAAUACCUUUACCUUUGACCACCAUUUUAAUGCUGGCGGUUUGUAUAGGAACAGAUGUGAUUCCUGCAGUUUCUCUCGCAUAUGAAGAAGCUGAGCUUGAUAUUAUGAAAAGAAAGCCUAGAAAUGCAGAAACAGACCAUUUAAUGUCGCUUCAGCUUCUCUUCUUUGCAUAUAUGCAAUCUGGGAUGAUAAUUGCAGUUGCUGGCAUGAUGGAAUAUUUAGUCAUAAUGUAUGAUUUUGGAUUCAAGCCACAGGUUCUAUGGUUUUGGUAUAUAUCAACGUCUGGUACUAAACCUGGUAAGAAUGAUGUAUAUGAUCCUGAUAUUCCAUCAAAGGGAAAUUCUCAUAUUGGCGAUUCAGAUUAUGAAGGAACUGCAGUUAACUAUUUAACGAAUGAGGAUGGAGUCUAUGACUUAAGAAUAUGGUUUCACAAUUAUGGUCAUGAUAGCUGGUCUGACUGUAAGUAUCCAGGCUGGACCUCACCUAUCACCAAUCAUGAAAUUUGCUAUACAAGUGAAGCACUGCACUAUGCCCAAUGUGGAUGGUUUAUAGGACUUGUCUGUGCUCAAUACGCAAACAUUCAGAUUGUAAGGACUAGACAGCAUUAACAUUAAUUAAAGAUUAAGGCUCUCUUCCUCAUUUUAGGUCUCACACAUGACGAGUUAUGAACCUCCUUGAGUAUGCCAGGAUUUCCACCAGAGAUAGCCCCCCUCCGGCUUUUGGAAUAGUUUUUAAUACUGUCUCGUAACUUGAAGUAUGCAGGUUUGGGACUUGAUAGCUGCUGCUGCUUGAAUACUAAAGUUCUAGCUAGGGAUAAACUCCCUAGCUAGUAUCGGUACCAAUUAUGCCUUCGUUGUCGACACUAGUGGCCUGUAAGGGUAAAAAGCCUUUCUCAAAUUUCCAUCGGGAAGAUACAAAGUCUUCAUAACUGGACGAGGGAGGCAAAACCCAACUGGAACACAAAUGCCCAGUAAUCGUAGACUCAGCUUCCUGCUUGGUUUGGUUUCUGGCCAUAGCAAGGUCCUCAAACUCGAAACAGGUCCUGGAGAGGACGGAUGUAAGGACUAGAGAAAAAAGUAUCAUAGAUAGAGGGUUUUCUAACUGGGUUUUAAAUUGUGCGGUAGCUUUUGAAACUUUAUUUGCCUUGCUAAUUUGCUAUGCGCCUGGACUAAAUGAGGCACUAGGAGGAAGACCCUUAUUAACAUUGCAUUAUGGAUUCCCUGCAGUGCCUGGAUUUAUUCUUCUCGUUUUAUAUGAUGAAGCAAGAAAGUUUUUGAUGAGAAAAGAAAUGAAAAGACAUAAAGGCACUGGAACUAAAGGCUGGAUUGAAGAUAAUACCUAUUAUUAA